UGGUGGCAGUGAUGGUGGUGAUGGUGGUGAUGGUGAUGGUGAGGAUGGUGGUGAUGGUGGUGAUGUGGCGAUGUUUACACCCCGCACCAGACGCGUGCGCGCGCGCACGCACGCGCAUACAUCACUAUGGCGUCAAUGCACGCGCAUCCGGAGGGAGACGUCGCGACGCACGGAUGAAGAAGACACCGGGAGCGGAUGCGGAGACGGCAAACGCAGCGCGGAGGAUACGUCCAGCGGCUGGGGCCAGGGUCUCCCCAUCGCCCCCGUCCAGAUCUCAGCUCCGUCUCCCAGCUCGCAGGGCCACGCUGUCAACUCGCCUUGCUCGUGGGUGCCAGCUUCCAGUCCCUGGCAUCCCAGCAGCUCGCAGCCUUUCGGCUCUCGGCUCUCCAACAAACCGAUCGACCCUGGGGGAAUGAGUAGCACGAUCGGAGGGAACGGCCGCCGUACGUAUGCGUGCUCCGUCGUUUUACCAGCACCACCGCCAACCACCUUUCACUCGACACCAAGGCCCAUCUUCCCCUCUACAUAAAUGGACGAAGACAGCACCACCACCACGGCCUGGUCCAACACCACCACCAGCAGUAGCACCAUGCGUGCCAACACCACCACCUGCCACUGCCGGCUCCAGGCCGUCCGUGGCCGAGCCACUGACAGCCGUCGAGGUGGAGUGCCUGGCCACACUGUGCGUGUGCUCCGUGCUGCUGGCGCUGCUGUUCUGCGCGGGCACCUACGGCAACGUGGCUGUGCUGGCUUCCUUCCUGGACCCGGCCUUGCGCAAGGCACGCUCUAGCCUGGACCUGAUGCUGGUGAACCUGGCGCUCUGCGACCUGCUCGUGUCGUGCGCGCUGGCGCCCACCUUCGCUUUCGUGCUUUUCCUGCAGGAGCACGAAUCCUCCUCCGUCGCCACGGCCACCGCCGCCACCGCGGCCACCACCACAACAAACGGCUACAACAACUACAACCACGGCGACGGCAGUGGCGGUGGCAGCAACGGCAGCGGCCUCCACAGCGGCGGCAACAGCAGCGGCGGUCGUGACAAGAGCAGCGACGACGAGGACAUCAACAUCAUUGUGAACGUGAACAACAAAGACGCCGCCGCCGUCGCCGCCGCCGCCGUGGCGACCACCAUCGCCGCCGCCACCGCCGCCGCAGGCGCGGCCGUCCAGGGCCCCGCGGCCCUUUGCUUGGCCUUCGCGGUCGCGGGCUCGGCGCUCCCCCUGCUCAGCCUGCAGACGGUGGCCAUCAUCGCCGUGCAGAGGCUGCGGCUGGUGCUGGGCCGCCUCCAGCCGGGCCGCUCCUCGACGUCCCUCCCCACCGCCCUCUGCCUCUCGCUGGGCCUGUGGACGCUGGCGCUGACGGUGGCCGCGCUCUCCACCCUGGCCGGCUCACCGGCCGUGCGCGUCCGCCUGUGCGCCUCCUCCUCGUUGGCGGCCGCCUCGACGCCGACCGUCGACCCGACCGCGACCCCGGCUGCCCCUGUCGCGACCCCGAAACCGAUCCCGGGCCACUACUGGAUGGCGGCGGAGACGGCGUCGGUGUCGGCCGCGUGGACGCAGGUGGCGCCGCAGGUGUACGCGGUGGGGUUCGGGGGCUGUCUGGCGCUGGUGGUCGCGUCCUACAGCCUCAUUGCGCACGCGCUGCGGCGCAAGGCCAAGAUUCGACGAUGCGCCAUCAUCACGGUGGACGUGCCCAGGCAACGCGUGCAGCCACGGGGGCUGGCGCCAUCUGGUCACCACCAGCAGCAGCAGCUUCAGAUUCACCAGCAGCAGCAGUCUCAACUUGAACACCAGCAGGAGCUUCAGAAUGACCACCGUCAGCAAGUGAUUCAACGUCAUCAGUCUGAGCAGCAGCAGCAAUCUCAACAGGAGCAGCAGCAGCAGCAGUCCCAACAGCACCAGCAUCAGAAUCAACAGCAGCAGCCACAGCGGUCGGAGCAUCAGUCUCAAAAUCAGCAGCAGCAGUCCCAACGGCACCAGCAGCGGAAUCAACAGCAGCAGCGGUCGGAGCAUCAGUCUCAACAUCAGCAGCAGCAGCAACAGAGUCAUCAUCAGCAGCAGGAGCCUCAACAUCUGCAGCAGCACUCUCAGCAUCAGCCACAGGCCCACGCUCUUGUCAUAAGCAACAACCAGGUCGCGACCCACGCUCGCCACGCCAGGCCCCCCGCCGCCGCCGCCGCCGCCACCGCGCACCUCAACCUCUCCUCCUCCAAGGACUCGCGCGCCCUCGUCACGUGCGUGCUCAUCGUCAUCUCAGCGCUGGUUUGCUGCGCCCCGCUGAGCGCGACGCUCGCGCUCGGGGAGGAGGAGGCGGCCGUGCCGCAGAGCUCGCGGCGCCGCCGCCUCGAGCUGUGCAGCGCAGCCCUCGCCCUCUUCAAGUCGGCGCUCAACCCCUUCCUGUACUCGCGCAGUGGGCCCGGCCUGCGCAGGAGGGUGUCCUGCUGCCUGCGUCUCGUCGUGGCCCUCGGCUGCCUCUGCUGCUGCUGCCGCCCCAAGGCCCGGCUGCAAGGCCACGCCGUUGGAGUCGCGGUCGGCGGCGGUGGCCGUGGCCGCGGCGGCGCCGGCGGAGGCGGCAGAAUCGGCGUGCGGAGGUCAUCGCACCGUGACACCAACUCGGCGUACAUCCUCUCGCCGAGGGCUCCGCGCCGCCAGCUGGUGGACCAGGCGUGCGGCCCCAGCUCCUCCUGCAGGGGAGAGAGGACGUUUCCCAGCAACGACGUCGUCAUGGGCGGCGGACGGGGCGGCGGCCGCGCCACGGACACGGACACGGCGACGGCGGAGCCGGGCCCGUGCGGCGUGCUCGUGUCCGGCUGCCACCCGUACGUGCACCGCAGCGGCGGCAGUGGCACCGGCGGCGUCACCAGCAGCUCGCUAAACACGCGCGUCGAGCCCUACGGCGGCAGCGGCGGCGGCAGCAGCAGCCCCUCGCAGCAGGAGGCCAGCAGCGACGGCGGCUUCGUCCACCUCCCCUACAGAGACGACGACGAAGACGACGACGACGACUGCAACGGAGGCAGCCUCUUCCGUUCCAGCCGGACGCGUUCCCGACUCGGGGCGCUGUCCACAUUUUCAGCCAAUUCGCAACGUCAGCAGCAGGAGCAGCAGCGGCAUCGGUACCAGCAGUAUCAAGAGCAGCAGCAACAGCAAAAUCAGCAGCAGAACGUGGCGAAGCUGUCGGACUUUGUGGCGGAAGGGUUGGCCGGAGAAGCGGGGCAGAUCCCCGUACCUUCUGUUUGAAGCGUUGGGGCAAUGUUUGCGAUAAGAACUCACAAUGGUGAUUUAUAGCCCCUUUGUUGUCAACCCACUGCUGGAUGAGAGCCUCUCUCUCCCAUAACGUGUCAGUCGUAACAUUGCCCCUACAUUUACCUGGCAGAGCCUCGCUGAGUCUCGCCAAGUCUCAAGACUCGUUUUCAGGAGGCUCCUGCAGGGUUGGAAUGUUUGGCCGAUUUCCACGAGUGUUUGGCAUCGUGGCAGGAGUAUAGCAGAGAAAGCCCACCACACAUACAUCAUGGGAAACAGUGAUGGCUCUGCACGGAUAGAUUCAAUCAUCCAUCGCUGUGCUACCAUCUCCUUGUGUCACUCCGCAGCCCCAGGAAGCACCCACCCAUGCAGUCUCCCAUCCGAGUACUAACCAGGCUGAACCCCGCUUAGCUUAAGAUCUGAGGAGAUUCAUACCUUGACGGCACAACGGAAAAUCACCUUCUUUCGUCGGUUUGCCAUAUCGCUCAUUGGUGGGGAUAGAGCAUUCUCCAGCAUGAGACCAAAAAGGAGGAACGCUCACUAACAAUGCGUGAUUCAAACAUUCGCCAUCAACAUUCUGUUGCCAACUCUGAUCCAAUUGUGGCAACAUCCACAUCGCCAUGGCAGGAGGCAUAGGAUGACCGCACUGGCUGACUUUACACAAAUUGGUACUUCUUUUAUCUACCUGAGAUGAUGAUGGACGAUCAUUUGACUGAUUCGACCAUCCACCGAGAUUUGAGUGAAUGCAUCCCACUUACAGAGCCACACGGCUUACCCAACUCAAAAUGUACACGCGUCUACGUUACUGGCCAUUGAUGGAAAUUGAACAAAGACAAAGAUCCCUCGUAUAGCAUAGGGGCAAGUGCUGUAGGCGAGCACAUAUGAAGGCCGACACGGCAUGCGACAGGGUGGGUGGCCAGCAACCACGCCUGGACCAGUCUAAACACGCACACACAACUCAGAUCCCCCGUAUAGCAUAGGGGCAAGUGCUAUAAGCGAGCACUUAUGAAGGCCGGCACGGCACACGAGGGGUGUGUGGCCUGCAACCACGCCUGGACCAGUCUAAACACGCACACACACAACUCAGAUCCCCCGUAUAGCAAAGGGGCAAGUGCUGUAAGCGAGCACCUAUGAAGGCCGGCACGGCACGCGAUGGGGUGGGUGGCCAGCAACCACGCCUGGACCAGUCUAAACACGCACACAGCUCACGCUAAAUGGACUGCAGUCUAACUUCCUUGGACCGAGCAGUGCAGUGCAGCACAUUUUUCCGACCUUCGGUUUCAGUGGUGUCGCGUGGUGAGCAUGGGCCCUGGUGAAAUAAAUUGUGAUGGGACUCGCCACUGUCCAAUUUUCCCCGCCUCUUCCGAACACGAUGCUACCUGGAGUCCCCUUCGGCCUCAGUGCAGCUGCACCGCCUGCACACUCCAUAUUUAAGGCCACUUGACCUGAGUGAUAAUGAUGAUGAUGAUUACGAUGACAAUGACGAGUGGACAUCGGCCAGGAAUUGAACUGGUCACCUCAAGGAACUGAGCUAAUAGCUGUCUGCAUGUUACGUAUGGUUGGCUUUAAUACGUCGUAGGUUUUCGCGACCCAAUAUUAUCCAUAAUACAGGGUAUUUUUUGGGGUUAAAUCGCGCAGAAUAUAAACGUGUCGUUAAACCCGCCCAACACCCGACACAGCUAAUUAGCAAAGUUUUUCAACGAAAACAGAACGUGCCAAUUAGUUACUAGUUCGGCACACCGUUUGAGUGUUGGAGAGUAAACCUGAAACAUUUACAAUUCAAGAAUUGUGACGUUUCGUUGGUAAUUACAAGUGACCUCGUCAGGCAACAGCCGCAGUUCUGGUUGUCGUGAUCUAACCCAAAAAACACCACCACCUCUCUUACAUAUCGUAGGCUGUAGCGUACGUUGAGCGCGACUGUCGACGAACUCCAUGCGACGGGGAGACCCCCAAAGUGGUUUGCGGGGAUAGGUGCCAAAGGCCCCAAUUUAGAGCCCGGGGCCGCCUCGCUUUAAAAGAGCCCCCCCCCACCCCCUCCACCUCCACAACGGGAAGGAGCCACGGGGGCCUGCCCCAGCAGCCUUUGGGCGGCCCCUUUCACUCUGGACCACGCAGCCCGCGGUCGCCGAUCGCAAUUGCAUUGGCAGUAAGUCGGCAACGACGUUUCGGAAUUAAUUUAGACGGCGAGUCUCUUUUUAAAUCCUUUAUAUUAAGUUCGCAUGCUUGCUUGCUUGCGUGCUUGCUUGCUUGCGUGCUUGCGUGCUUGCUUACGACCGUGCAAAUCUUUUGGUCGUUUUUUAACCCACUUCCCGUGAUCCAAUCGAGCUGACAUUUUGCACACAGACUCGUUGUGCGUGACAAUUUAUUUUCGUGAAAUUUUUUUUCCAAAAUGUUACACUUUUUAUGAAAAAAUAAAUUAUAUUUAAUUACCAAUUGCUUAAUGGUGGCAGGCAAUCAUCUGACCCAUAGGUGGCAGCCAUCUCAAGCCAGAGGACGAGAGGACUCUAGCCGCCACGCAUAUAAAGGAUUUAUAGUGAAAAACUUUGUUUUUACGGGUUAAUUUUUUACGACGUCAAGUGCAUUUUUUGUCGCGGUGGUAACCUCCGUUGUUUUAUCUAUCCGCGCUGUUCGCUGAGCGCGCGACGCAUUCCGAACUUCGCCUCCCGUGUGACCCCCCCCACCCCCCACGCACCACGACGGCCAUCCGACUCGCCACCCCCUCCCAGUGUUCUCACUUCGAAUACGAACGAGUUCACGGUACGCACCGCACGGGCCCGAUGAUUGGUAAACGCGUCCUCGCUCCGAUUUUACGAAACCACUAAACUCGUUAUUCGGUUAUGCCGCUGUUUCUGCGUUGGCAGAGGUGCACAGGCACAAUUAACGAACAACAACGCUGCCGUCUUAAAAGAGAAAGCACAAUAUUUAAUAAGUGACGUUUCGUGCAGUGGUCCUUCUUCAUAUCACACUGCCAGCGCUGUACUAUCACCAAAUAAGAAGCCGUGUGGGUUAGCGUACAGUGUGGAUCUCAACAAUGACCAUUUCCGUUAAGUAAGUAAUUACGCGCUGAUUGCACCCGAUGAUUGGUAAACACUUCCCACGUGAUGUUACAGCGAGCGGAUUCUAUUUAAAAUCGAAGUCGCGUGCGUGUAGACAAGCGUGUCCCCACAGCGACCAACUGUUCACCGUCAAAAUGCAAAUCCAAGUCGUCACGCGUCGUACGAGCCGGAUGAUUGGUGAACUACACGUGGCUUGACGUAAAGAGCACUGCUGACUCUCUAUUUAAGACAAAAAAACUCAACACAUUUGUCAAUAACACCGGGGCCUUAAAGGGGGAAAAAAUAUAUAAUAGGCGACCUUUCGGCCUAUUAUAUAUUUUCCCCUUUAAGGUCACGGUGUUAUUGACGAAUGGGUUGAGUUUUCUUGUAUUGUGAAUUGUGCUUAUACGGCACUGCCAACGCAGUAGCAUCACCAAAUCAUUUAUUUAAGUCACAUUUCAUUCGUUUGUUUAUGCACGCACGUGUGUUCGUGUGCCGACCUUCAUAGGUGCCGCUCGCUAACAGCACUCGCCCCAACAGCCUGGUCAGGCUAUACGGGGGAUAUUUGUCUUCGUUCACGCGGUUUCCACGUUGCAUAGAGAUGCGCAUGCUUGAUUCGAAUGCUCUCCACGCCAUGUGGGAUGUGUUUAUACCAAACCAUCCGGUGCGUGCAGCGUUUAAGUAGAAAGGUUUAUUGAAACGUUAGUUUAGGUGGAGAAGACUUUUGUUAGACGUGGGUCUCGUGGGGAAUUUGUUAAACCGUGCCCGGUUAAGUCAUGCCGCACACUGCAUUCACGAGCCGAAAACGCGCGUUUUAUUUCUCCAUAAAUCUGGCCGUCGCCUGAUGAUGCUGGUUGUAAUUACUGGCGAAACUUCGUACUCGGAUUUUUUAUGUUGUGGGUUUACUCUCCAACACACCGGUGUGCUGUACUGGUAACGAAUUGGCAUGCUUUGUUUUACGUGACUAACCUCACUAAUUGGCUGUGUCGGGUAGUGGGCGGGUUCAACGACACAUUUAUAUUUACGCGAUAUAACCCAAAAAAAACCUCUAUUAUGGAAAGUGUAUUUUAUCAUCACUAAAACGGCUUUUUGGUGCUCUUUACGAGGUGUGCUAUGAACUCAUGGACAUGCCCCUGCUGCCACGUUUGUCCAAUCGGUAGAGCCCCUAAACGUCUCCGUUAUUCACCCAGGUGCUGUUGAUUGCUGGCCGUUUGGCGUUCAAUGGUCAUGUGGCUCAGCAACCCUGAUUUAUCCAUGGGACUCUCCCCCACCCCCCACCCCGAUAUCAAGAUGAUGAAAAGAGAAGAUGCGUUAUUGCCCUUUCCGGCAAGAAUACGGGACGUGUUGAAGAUGUUUAAACACCAAACUGACACCUUUAUCGCGAGGCGCCAAGUCUGCAUUGACCACACAUCAUGCUCGUGGCAGUUGUCCAUUUGGUAUUUGGACAUCUUACCACACCGGUAUUCUUAGAUUUUUUUCAUAACCUUCAUUUACCCCCCCCCCCCCCCCCCCGGUUCAGUCUGCAACUUUGUACCAGAUCGUUAAAAUGUCACUCGUAUAACAACGAAAGCCGGUUUGCUACAACAGCAAAAAACUAAAUCAACCGGCACAUUUGCGAACGUGACAACUGAUUCGUUAGGCUGUGCCGGGUGGUGGAGGGUUAUUGCAGUAAUUGACAUUGGAACGAUCUGACAC